AUGGCGUCCCAAACACCAGCCGUUGUCAUGGACAAUCUGAGAGUUGUGGGCUUACAGUAUGUGCCUUUUCGUGCUCUAGGAUUCGCCGGUAACGAUUCACCCUCUUUCGUCUUCCCGACUGCAAUUGCAACCAAGGCCGGUGCUGGAAGCGCUGGGAGCUCCGCCGGUUCUCGACCUGCAGUCGCCAACAAGCCUGCAUUCCUGGGGGGUAGCGGAGGUGCUAGCUCGCACCUGUCUGCAAAACGUGGCACUGAGGACCUUGAUUUCUUCAUUGGUGAUGAGGCCCUGGCCGCAGGCAACGGCCCCGGCUAUGGCGUCAACUACCCUAUCCGACAUGGACAGAUUGAGAACUGGGACUACAUGGAGCGAUUCUGGUCAAACUCGAUUUUCAAAUAUCUUCGUGUUGAGCCCGAAGACCAUUAUUUCCUCUUGACUGAGCCGCGUGAUUUUGCGGAGACAAGAGACGGUGCUAAUGUUGAUUCGGGAUCAAAGCCACUUAACCCCCCCGAGAACCGUGAAAAUACUGCCGAGAUCAUGUUCGAAUCCUUCAAUUGCGCCGGUCUUUACAUUGCCGUGCAAGCCGUACUCGCCCUCGCCGCAUCCUGGACCUCUUCUAAGGUUACCGACCGGUCAUUGACCGGUACCGUGAUUGAUUCCGGUGACGGCGUCACCCAUGUUAUUCCCGUCGCCGAGGGCUACGUCAUCGGCUCUUCGAUUAAGAGUAUCCCGAUUGCAGGACGCGACAUUACAUAUUUUGUGCAGAGCUUGCUGCGUGACCGCGGUGAACCGGACAGCAGCCUGAAGACCGCCGAGAAGGUCAAGGAGGAGUACUGCUACGUCAGCCCUGAUAUCGUUAAGGAAUUCGCCCGUUACGACCGUGAGCCUGACCGCUUCCUGAAGCACACUGUGACUUCGCCCAACGGGCGUAGCGUGUCCAUCGACGUGGGCUAUGAGCGUUUCCUCGCCCCAGAGAUCUUCUUCAACCCCGAAAUCUAUUCGUCUGACUUCUUGACCCCACUCCCCAAUGUUGUCGAUGGCGUUAUCCAGUCCUCGCCCAUCGAUGUGCGCCGAGGCCUGUAUAAGAAUAUUGUGCUGUCUGGUGGCUCAACUCUGUACAAGGACUUUGGUCGUCGUCUACAACGUGAUAUCCGUCACCUGGUUGAUGCUCGUAUCCGUGCAUCCGAGGCUCGCAGCGGCGGUGCUCGCAGUGGUGGAUUGGAUGUUGCGGUCGUUACACACAAGCGCCAGCGGCACGGACCCUGGUUUGGAGGCAGCCUGCUGGGUCAGACGCCCGAGUUCCGGAGCUACUGUCACACCAAGGCCGAGUAUGACGAGAUCGGUCCAAGCAUUGUGCGGAGGUUUGCGCUUCUCGGUGGGCCCGGCAGCUCGUAG